AUGGUCGACAACGGUAGUUCCGUGGACAUCUUGUAUGCAAAGUGCCUCGACAAGAUGGGGAUCCCCCACUCAAGGCUGCAGUACAGUGCCCAACCACUGUACGGGUUCACAGGAGACAGCGUCAUCCCGGAAGGGGCCAUCGAGCUACCUAUGACCAUCGGUGACCGACCACACACCUCAACCGUUAUGUCAAAGUUCCUGGUGGUGAAUGGAGGCGACCAAUACAACGCGGUCAUAGGACGCCCGACCUUGAGGGCCUUACGGGCAGUAACGUCCAUCGACCAUCAGGUGAUGAAGUUCCCCACGCCAAACGGGAUCGGCAAGGUCAGAGGUAACCAAUACGAGUCAAGACUCACGUACUCGGAAACCAUCUGCCACUACGCCGAGCCGACUCAGGUACGGAGAGAGCUACAAAUGGUCGAGACCAGGGGAGAGGGACUCGACUUGGAUUUGAGAUUCCCAUGUGAAGAACCCGGAGCAGGACCGGUCGAGGAACUAAUUGAGGUCCCCAUCGAUGAAAGCGACCCAACGCGAACACUGAGGAUAGGCUCGGAGUUGGGGGCACAGAACCGGAAAAAAUUGGUCGAGUUUCUCAAGGGAAGCCUCGACGUGUUCGCCUGGACCCAUGAGGACAUGGAAGGAAUAAGCUCCGACGUCAUGUGUCACCGACUAAACAUCGACGACAAGUUCCCGCCAAAGAGACAGAAGCGUCGACCAAUGAACGCCGAGAUGUCCGAAGCCCUGCGGGUAGAAGUGGACAAGCUCAUGAGGAACAACUUCAUCCGAGAAGUCUUAUACCCAGAAUGGGUGUCAAAUCCUGUCAUGGUAAGGAAGCCAAACGGGGAGUGGCGAACGUGUGUCGACUUUAGUGACUUGAAUAAAGCCUAUCCUAAGGACAGCUUCCCACUACCCCGAAUCGACCAAUUGGUCGAGGCCACGGCAGGACACGAGCUGCUGAGCUUCAUAGACGCAUACUCUGGGUACAACCAGAUACCAAUGCUCAACCGCGAUGAAGAGUACACGGCAUUUGUCACCGACAGAGGGCUCUACCGUUACCGAGUGAUGCCCUUCGGUCUCAAGAAUGCUGGAGCGACCUACCAACGUCUCGUCAACAAAAUGUUCGCGGGGCAGAUAGGAAAGACUAUGGAGGUCUACGUCGAUGAUAUGCUGGUAAAGAGCAGGAAGACCGGAGACCAUGAGGAGGACCUGGGAAGAAUGUUCGGUGUUCUCAGAACGUACAAAAUGAAGCUGAACCCUCAGAAGUGUGCCUUCGGCGUCGCUUCAGGGAAGUUCUUGGGUUUCAUGGUGAGCAGUCGAGGAAUCGAGGCCAAUCCGCAAGAGAUUCAGGCCCUUCUCGACAUGGCAUCGCCAAAGAAGCCUAAGGAGGUCCAGAAGCUGACAGGCUGUGUGGCCGCACUUAAUAGGUUCAUCUCCAAUUCCACAGAUAAAUGUGUACCGUUCUUUGACACCCUGAGGGGAAGCAAGCUGUUUCUGUGGACAGAAGAGUGCAAACAGGCGUUCCGACAACUGAAGGAACACCUUGGCAAACCCCCUAUGCUGUCCAAACCUGUGAACGGAGAGGUGCUGAGCCUAUACCUGGCGGUCUCGGAGCACGCCGUUAGUUCGGUGUUAAUCCGUGAAGAGAAGAAGGUGCAGCUACCAGUGUAUUACACUAGCAAGCGCCUCCUCGACACGGAGACGAGGUAUCCCCAGAUGGAAAAGCUCGCCCUCGCGCUAGUCGUGAUAGCGAGGAAGUUACGGCACUACUUCCAGGCCCAUAGCAUUCAGGUCUUGACCAAUCAUCCCCUCAGGCAGGUGCUACAAAAGCACGAUGCCUCUGGUCGCCUCCUUAAAUGGUCAAUAGAGCUCAGCCAGUUCGAGAUCAAUUACAAACCACGAACCGCUAUCAAGGGCCAAGCCCUAGCCGACUUCAUGGCAGAGUUCACAGGGCUACCAGCCGUGGUCGAGGAAGCCGACGAGCCACCACGAUGGAAGCUCUACGUUGACGAAAGCUCCAACGACAACGGCAGUGGGACGGGACUGGGCCAGUACCAGACCAGGGACGAGAAGAUGGCUGCGUACUUGAAGAAGGUUAAGGAAGCCCUGGAAAAGUUCACCACCUAUGACAUACAGCAGAUUCCGAGGGCAGAGAAUAGCAACGCCGAUGCACUCGCCAGGCUGGCGACGUCGAGAGACGCCGAUCUUUUGAACCUGGUACCCUUGGAGGUCCUAAAAACCCCGUCCACGGAAAGGCGGCCCGAAGUCGCACCAGUGGACCUCCAACCUAGCUGGAUGGAUCCAAUCAUCAGGUACUUGGUCAGCGGCAAGCUUCCUGAGGACAGGCGGCAGGCCCAAAAGAUGAAGUACCAGGCAGCAAGAUACACGAUGCACAAUAACCUCCUCUACCGCAGAGGGUAUUCGACGCCCUUACUCAGGUGCCUCGACGCAGUGGAUGCAAAGAGGGUGCUAUCGGAGGUGCACGAUGGGGAUAGGUGGAAGUCUAUGAUUUGGAAGGUUUUGGACAAAUUUCGGUGGAAAAAGACAGCAAUCAUAGUGCUUAGGCGCCAAUCUGUACGCCUUGGCGCUGAGUUAUACGGAAUCAACAAUUUGGGCAGAACUGGUGGUGCUUUGGCGCCAGUUUGUAGCGCCGCGGCGCCGAAAUCCGUCAUCGUCGACAACUUCACGAAGUGGGUCGAAGCCGAGCCAUUAACGGCCAUCUCGGAAGCGAAAUGCACAAACUUCAUAUGGAACAACAUUGUGUGCAGGUUCGGUGUCCCGUACUCUCUCGUGUCUGACAACGGAAAGCAGUUCAACAACGACAACACCAGCCAGUUUUGCAAGCUGCUGGGGAUCCACAAGAAUUUUUCCUCUGUCGUGUACCCCCAGUCUAAUGGGCAGGUCGAGGCUGUCAACAAGAUAAUCAAGGUCACGCUCAAACGACACCUCGAUGCCUAUAAAGGAAAGUGGGCCGACGAGUUGCCAAAAGUGUUGUGGGCCUACCGAACAACUAGUAGAACCACCACAGGGGAAACCCCAUUCUUAAUGGCCUAUGGGUUCAAAGCAGUCCUGCCAGUAGAGGUGUCCAUUCCGACCAACCGGGUAACCCGGUACGAGGAGGAUAGGAACGCCGAACUGAUGAGCUUAGAGCUCGACCUCUUAGAAGAACGACGCACAAACACGCAGUUAAGGCUCGCCGCAUACCAGGCAAGGACGGCCAGAUAUUAUAACAAGAAGGUCAAGCUGAAGCGCUUCAGGGUCGGGGACCUAGUUUUGCGAGUGGUAACCCCCAACACGAAACCCAAGAACUCCAGAGCCUUGGGUCUGACCUGGGAAGGGCCCUACAGGAUAAAAGAGGUUGUCACAAACGGGUCAUGUCGACUUGCAGAGCUCGACGGUCGAGGCAUCAAGCAUACAUGGAAUGCAGACCAGUUGAAGGUCUACUAUCAGUGA